AUGGACAACUACAGAACGGAAAUAAACAUACCGAUAUCAAGAGAUAAGCGAACAUUCGAACAGCGCCGAAAGGAUAUGCUUAGUAAUCUUGAACGUAGUUACAGUAAGCAUUCAAGAACCGACAUCCACAAGAAUUCAAGUUCCGAGUCAUCAAUACCCUUAACUGAAUCAACUAUAAGUGGAUCAAAUCGUCAUAUUAGUGAUUGGGAUGAUGAAGUCAAUCGCUGGAUUAGUGAAACACGUAGCAAGUGGAGCGAAGACAUGAAGCGAAUGAGACAGUCCAUGUUCGCUUUAGAGCCUGUUGAUGAUUUUGAUCUUGACCAUUGGGGUAAUUUUGAACCGAUUCAUUCACUUGAUGAUCCAUCAACUAUGAUGGAACAAAUGGAACGUCGAAUGGAAUCAUUACGACAAAAAAUGGGAACUAUGUCCAGUUUUGGUCCAUCACAUUUUUCUGGUCCUAAUAGUUCAACUAUGCAAACAUCAAGUUCACGUAUAACAUCAUCUACAUCGCACAGUAGCGGUAGUGAUCCAAAAAAUAUGGUGACAAAAAGUAAUGUUGUAGAGUCUACACAACAUACACGUACAGUAGAUGGUGAGACAACAACAACUUCAAGCCAUUCUAGUUCAUCAUCUAAUACAUCAGGAUUACCAGGCAGUAAAAUUAAUGUGACUAAUACUCCAGGAAGUUUAAUUUCACAAACGAGUGUCCCAUGUGGCAUGAUGGAUUUUCUCAAAGAUGCCUAUGAAUUAGGUGAUGAUGGAAAGGUACAUUUUAAAGUACGAUUUGAUGCAAAAGAUUUUUUACCAGAAGAUAUUGAAGUGACUACAGUUGAUAAUCAUCUACGAGUUCAUGCUAAAAAAUCAAUUAAAUCAGGCAAUUCAACAACUGUACGUGAAUUUCAUCGUUCUGUUGAUUUACCACGAUCAAUUGAUCAUGAAAAUUUUCAAUGUCAUAUGACAGAGGAUGGUGUAUUGAUACUAGAUGCACCUGUUAAAGCUCCUGACUAUCGAACAAUCACAUUUCAAGAUGAUCGUCAACUUGGCAUCCGACCACGUGCUGAAUCUGAGAUAAAAGCCACUCCUAAUAGUAAUAAAACACCAGUCUGUUUAACUGUAACCGGUUGUUCUGAACCAACAAUAAUGAAAGAUGGCAUCAAUGGAAGAAAACUACAUCUUGAAGUCAAUGUAGAUCCAAUUUAUAAAGCUGAUGAAUUAUGCGUUCAUCGUUCAAUCAAUAAAAUCAAUAUAUUAUUUUCACAUUUUAUUCCAUUCAAUGAUAUGAUUCAUAGAAAAUCACGUAGACAAUAUAAUGGUAUUAUAGAAACUAAUUUCAUAAAAAAUUUACAUCAUUUAUAUAUUGGUCAUCAAAUUUAUAUUAAUUUAACUAAUAUUAUAGAUUAUUAUUAUUAUAAUUAUGAAUUAUCAAAGUUAAUAUUGAAUAGAUCUAUAACAAUGAAUGAUUUAAUACAAUUUAAUGAAAGAGUAUUUCUUGAUGUAUUCAAAUUAAUUAUCAAUGAAAAUCCAAUAAACCAUACAGAUUAUUUACAUUCUAUUCAUAGAAUUAAUAAUAUAGAUUGGAAUGAUGAUAGAAAUUUUAUUAAAAAAGCUUAUAUGAAAUCAUUAAUACCAAAGAGAUAUAUACCUGGUCAAUCAUGGUAUAUUUUAUUAAUGCAUUCAUGGAGAUUAUAUUUUUUAUUCAUAAUUCAUAGUUCUAAUUUAUGGUUACGUUAUAAAUCAGAAAAUACAAUAAAUCAAAGUGAUUUACCUAAAACAAUUGAUGAAUGGAGUGUUAUAUUUAUAUAUUUAUUAUGUUCAAUAUAUCAUUCUAAACAAUUGAAUAGAGAUUAUCAAUUACCAUAUGGGUUUUGCCCAAAUCCAUGUUUAAUUAAUCCAUGUCUUGAAGUGGUUAAUACAAUGUCAAGUAAAUGUAUAAGAACUGGAUAUUUUGAAAAUAGUUACGAAUGUGAAUGUCGUAAUGGUUAUCAAUGGAAACAAGUUAAAGGAUAUAAAGGUAAUAACAAAAUAUUUGUUUUGUUUAAAUUAUUUUAUAUAAAUAAUGGUGAUAAUAGAAAUGGAUAG